CUGCUGACACUUCCCAUUAACACUCCUGUUUGGUUCCUGAAUGCAGCACUAUGCACAGUGAUGACGUAAGAACGCACAGAGUUUACUCUGCUUCGGUAGCGCGUGAGUUUUGUUUCCAGCUUUUUCGUACAGCUAACCAUUGUUGAGCUGCCACCAAACCAAUCAACACGGUAGCGUUAUGCAGACCAGGUGGCCAUGGCUUGGAAGUCAAGGACCCGCAGUCUGCAGGUAUUUGACACGGAGCUGAGCGCGGACACGGUGGAAUGGUGUCCACUGUCCCCCAGCCACGACAUCCUGGCAUGUGGGACAUACCAGCUGCAGAAAGCGGAAGGCGGAGAGGACGCCGCGCCCAGCCGGACUGGCCGCCUCUACCUUUUUCAGUUUCGCCGUGAGGGUCCGAUGAGCCCUCCUCUCACUGAGCUGCAGCGCCUGGAUACAGCAGCCAUUUUGGAUCUGAAAUGGUGCCACGUCCCUGUGUCAGGCAGGCCGCUGCUGGGAAUGGUUGCUGCUACAGGAGAGCUGCACCUCUACACUCUGCUGGAUAAUCAGGAAGGUGGGUGCAGUCUGCAGACUAUGUGCAGCUUGGAGGUUGGAGCAGAGCGCCUGGCUUUGUCUUUGGACUGGUCCACUGGUAGAAUGGACAGCAGUGACAUCCGGGUGGCGUGCAGUGAUUCUGCGGGUUGCGUCGGUGUGUUCUCCCUGUCUGAAGGAGCUCUGAUGGCUCUGUCCCAAUGGAAAGCUCAUGAUUUUGAGGCCUGGAUCACAGCCUUCUCCUACUGGAACACACAGCUGCUUUAUUCUGGGGGGGACGACUGCAAACUGAAAGGCUGGGAUCUCAGAGCUGCUCCUUCUAGCCCUGCUUUCACCAGUAAAAGGCACUCAAUGGGUGUGUGCAGUAUUCACAGCAACCCUCAUCUGGAGCACAUCCUGGCCACAGGCAGCUACGAUGAGCAGGUGUUGCUGUGGGAUGGCAGGAACAUGCGGCAGCCCCUCGGGCAGAGCGCGGUGGGAGGCGGGGUGUGGAGGCUGAAGUGGCAUCCCAGCCAUCAGUACCUUCUGCUGGCUGCCUGCAUGCAUAAUGACUUCCACAUCCUCCACUGCCAGCAGGCCUUAGAGGGCAGCGGGGGAGCCUGUCCUGUCGUUGCUUCCUACAUCCUCCACAACUCCCUGGCCUAUGGAGCCGACUGGUCCAGGGUGUCCCUGGAGGACCCCGCGCCGCACUCCCCUCCUGCCACAGAACCAAAGGAAAGCCUCGCUCAGAGCAGAGGACACUUGCGCAUUCAGUACGAGUCUCCAACUGCCAGCUUCGACACGUCCCUGGAGGAUGACGCAGGUCGGUACAUCCCAGAGGCGAGUGGACCGCCCCCCCGAAGUCCAGCUCCGGUGCCGGCCCCCAGCCUGGGUCAGGACGCUCCGUCGCUGUCCUGUCUGCUAGCUAGCUGCUCAUUCUACGACCACAUGCUGCAUGUGUGGCGCUGGGACUGGACUCCAGAAACGUCCCAACAGGAGUCCCACUAACAGUGACUGAGCUGCAGCCACGCAUCCCAUAAACAGCCUGAACUGAGUGAGAUGCAACAAACACAUGGACCACUCUCCUACAAAACAUGAGAGAUUGACUUAGCAGAAAUGUCUAUUUUGAUUAUGACACUUUUUUUAUAAUAAACACCUCCCAUGUCUGUAGUGAACAUGUCUGUAGCAGCAGCAGUGAGACGGCCCUUCAUCCUGUUACCUACGGCAGAGGAUGUGAUGCUUGGUGUUUUAGAAACAUCUGGUGACCUCUGGCAGAAAACUGACCCAAACCAACACAGAAGUGGUUCAUCAGGUACAAACUUAACCCUGUUCUGUAUCUAUUGUUGUCACAUGAUAUAAACAAGGGGUCUCGAAACUUUGUCAUGUGAGCCAAAAUAAUCAAGUCAAAAGGACUUGUGGGCCAAGAAAAUAAGAAAAAAAAUAAACUCUUAACAAAAAGUUG